UCCUCAGAAGACUUUCAGUACAGUCAAGAGGCAGCACAGAAUGCCGAUCGUGUGGAGCAGAAGCAACGUGUGCGGAGACUCAAACACUCGCUCUACUUCAAAAUGUUGGUUAAUAUUUGGGUUCUUCCUUUUCCUAGUGGAUCCAAUGACCGGAGAAAAUAAAAUCGACACCCGCCUCAAUCGAAAAAGUUGCGGUUGGUCCCAUGCCACGGGAAGGGUUUUCAAUGGUGAGCCUAUAAGCAGGACGCUAAUUCCUUGGAUAGUACAGAUAGAAACAUCUGUGCGAGGCACGGGUAAACUCAAGCUGUGCGGUGGAAGCAUCAUUACACGCAAUGUUGUGAUGACAGCAGCACAUUGUUUUCCUGAGAUGUCCUUACUAGAAGAAAUUACUAUAUAUUACAAUUCGACAAAGACAAGAGCUGGGCCGGAAAAUUAUGUGGACCGCAUCAUUACGUAUCCCAAAUUCAAUAAACGCUAUGCCAUGAAAUAUGACAUCGCACUGUUGAAGGUUCGAAAUAAUUUUAGGUUUGAUAGAUUUGUUCGACCAAUAUGCCUUCCCAAUAGAGAUAUUAUUGUGGGAAAAAGACCAUUAUUAGCUGCCGGCUGGGGAAUCAUUAAUUCUGAGAAUCCUCCGGACCUCUCCAAAAAUCUGAUGUAUGUACAUAUUUACGCAAUGCCACAAGAGAAGUGUGAAAAUUUCAUGAAACAUAUCCGAGGUGAGAACAUAAGUGGAUUUGAUUCCAAAUAUGCCCUGUGUGCCGUAGGGCUCAGCGGAACUCCCUGCGAAGGCGAUUCUGGUGGCCCGAUAACCAUGAGACGCAAAAGUGGAAAAUCUGUGCAAGUAGGCCUAUUAAGCGCUGGAUCACUUGAGUGCAGCUACAUGAGUAUAUAUUCAAUCAUCGUUGAUGUUUACAAGUUUUCGUCUUGGAUAAAAGAAGCCCUCCACCACUAUGAAAGCUGGAAAACCAUUGAAGGUCAUAAUCAUGAAUUCAUGUAGUAGACGGUAUUCUAACUGUCAUGUAUUUUCAAAAUAAAGCUGCAUAAUUUGUGCGGCAUCAGAGACAAAA